CCCCCCUCUGUGAUUUCAAUCCAAACUUCAAUAUGGCGCCUAUUGCUCUGAAAGACAAGAGAAUCGAGGAGCUCACAAAACAGCUUGUGAAGCGAUUCAUCAGAGGAGAGUUAGCAAAAAAGAAUGUUCCUGUUGCUACUCAAUUUGCGAUGUCAAAUUUUAGGUACCACAAAUUUUUGGAUGCAGACAGCAACAAGAUUUCAAGGACAAUUCAGGGACUUUGCGAGAAGUUUGCAAUCCAUGGACAAGAUCAUAAAUCACAGGCUCUUUCAACUUUGGUAGAAAAGUUUAUGAGCUGCCUUUUGUUUGACCAACAGUAUGGCGAAAAGAGUGACGUUCAUUAUGCAUUACUAAAAUUCCUCACAGUGCUGUCAGAUUCUCCGGUUAAUUCUGUUUACCAUCCACCACAAUCGGAAGAAAGUCAAGAUGCAAAAGAUAAUUUUAAUUGGACAAACUAUCUUCUUGAGGGUGAAGAAAAAUACAUUGUUCAUUAUUAUGAUACAAAUGAAGAGGAAUUUUGGAGUGACUUAGAUUCAGAGGAUGAUGACAGCGUUAUUGAAGAUGAUGAAAUAUCAGCAGAGAAUCAGAAUGAUAAAGGAGAUGAAUGCAAUCAACCAGAGAGAAACCAAGGGACUGUCAGAUACAUAGCAAAUACCGGUGUUAUAACAUUGGAGGCAAGGGACAUUCUUUGUGAAAACAUCAUGGAACCAUAUUGGAUGACUAAAGAAAGUUCAUCAGUUGCUGAAGAAUCUUCAAAGAUAUCACUUGCCUCGCAGUGGUCAGAAUAUUGUUUGGAAACAAACCCUCUUGGUGUUAGACCAACACAACGUCUUCAUGAAAUCCAAGUUAUCAGAGAAACGAUCUGGAUGUUAUCUGGUGUUAAAAAACUACACGUUUAUGAUUUUACUAAUGAAAAAUUCACGGUUCGUGAGGGAAUUGAAAUGACACACAUUACGGAGCUUUCACUACAGAAGUUUUUGAUCGCGUUUGCCGACACGGCUACUUCAAUAGUCGAGUUACGUAGUUUCAUAAAGAAAGUUUGUCAAGCCUCGACCGACAAGAAAAUCCCACAAACAUAUCAAGCGUUUAGCUUUUCGGUUUUAAAAUACUUUCAGAAAUUUAAUGAAGAUUUGUCAAAGAUUGAAGAAUCCAUCAUUAAGAAAGAGGAAACAGUUACGUUAUCAGUCCUGCAAUGUCACAUUUCACAAUAUCAGAAAGAGAUUACUGCGAUAUUUGAUGUGUAUCAUCACGGGAUCAAAAUCGUAGCAGAAAGACCGAACUACGAGAAAGUUGCAUUUUUCCUAAACGCAUUUUACCAUGAGAUACUCCUUGCUGAUGGCCUUGGAGAUUAUGGUCGUUGGAAGGUGAAAAUCUUACUACCUCUGUUUUUUAAUACUCUGGAACCCUACGUGGAAUUUCUUGAUGGUUGUCUCACUGAAGGAAAGUUAAUCGAUGCCGCUGAUGAGUUCUGUAUUCAAAGGCUUUCUACAAUCGUUAACCAAGGGCCUGAAUUAUGGGCAUCAGUUUUAAAAGUCAAAGGUGAAACUGAAGCUUACAGCGUUUCUUGCCCGACAUUUCUCCAGCCUGUCCUUCCAGAAAUUAUUCUCGCUGGAAAGUCUAUUAUCCUUCUUGAAAGUUUGGGCGAGCUUUCGAAGAAUGCUGAUCGACUUUUACAAGAGGAAUCUUUGAACACAAUGUUCGCACGUUCUGUGUCGACCCUCACGGACAUUCAAAAUAUGGCAGAACUAUUUCAACUGUGUUUUUAUCCACAUAUUCGAGCUAAAUACGAAAAGAGUUGCAGUUCUUUAAUUCAUCUUUUGAAAACUGAAUAUAUGUUAUUAGAUCACCUUGCAGCCUUAAGGAAAUUUUUCUUUCUGGAAGCGGGAGACGCUAUGCAUCAUUUUUACACCGACAUCUUUAAGAAGUGCAAUCGUCAUGAACGAUGGCAAGACAUGUCAUACUUAAACAGCUUACUUUACGAAUCUCUCAGUCCUGCAUAUUCUGAAAUGAAAGAGAGGUUUACAGUGGGCUAUAACAAGCCAGAAAAAUUGACGAUAGACUCGUUUGAAGGCUUGGAGCUAAAUUAUAAGGCACCCUGGCCAAUUAACCUUGUGAUAGACGCUUCAUCUCAGAAACGAUAUAACGAUGUUUUCUUAUUUUUGUUGCACUUGAAACGUGCAAAGUGGAGUCUGGAUGAUUUACGUUUUAAAGAUCUACAACGCAGGCAGAUCGCCCCUAACUUUGAAGACAUUGAGGAUGAAGAGAAAAUCCCAGUUCAACCGGGUCUCGUAAUGGAUUAUCGUGUUCAGCAUCGAUUGCAUCUUGUCCGUUUUGAUCUAAUGCAGUUUGUUAACGGCCUGCAUCAAUAUAUUAUGACCAGGAUUCUUCACAGCAAGCUGGAAUUUAAAGAAGCUUUAAAAAAGGCAACAGAUUUAGAUGAAAUCAUCAAAGCUCAUUCGCUUUACGUGGAGAAGAUUUUUGAAAGAUGCCUGAUGACGAAGAAGCUCGAAGUUAUGAAAGUUGGUAUUCUCAAAGUCCUAAGACUCGCCGUAAAAUUCAGCAAACUAUGGCGUCUGGAUGUCAGAGAUAACAGGGAAGGUUUAGUGAUAUCCAUGGGUGAAGAUCUUCAAAAAUGGAGAACAUUCAUAAUGACAUUCUUGACAAAACAGAUGAAACGCGGUUCAUAUCCUCAAUUAGAAGCAUUGGCUUUCAGUUUGGGAUCAAAGAAGCAAAUAAACGUUGCCGGAGAAAGUUAGGGCGAAUUGUGGACAGA